GCAUGUUUUUACCUCUGUAUUGUGUAAAUACGUGGUCAUUUUAUUUACUAUGCAGUUUUCUGUGUGCGGGGGGACCUUUGUGCUCAGCAUCCCCCCCCCCUGGUCGGUGACGCCCUGCCUCGCCUUGUGAUCCGAGAUGCUUUUAUUUUGACAGCGGCCGGAAACCUCCCCCUCCCGCUCCAGCCCGCCUUCGGCUCCCAGCUCAGAUCGUCGGCGGAUCAGCGAACGGGGAUCCACAAGGAGCAGAGCCGGGAGAAGCCACGGAGGCUGAGGCUGGUCUUCCUGCGGGGACCCCCGAGCUCGCCGUCCGUCCGUCCGUCCGUCCGCGGGGCCGCGCGGAGUCCAUGGCCUGGACUGACGCUGGAUCAUCAGCUGCAGCUGCUGAGGACUGCGAGAUGCUCCGAGCUGCCUGCAGCUGCGCACCGACACCGAUACCGACGCCGAGCCCGGGACGCAGCGAUGUUCAUCAGACUCACAGCCAGGAUCUUGCGAUGGCUGGUGUGUGGCCGCGUGGGUCCAUUAUGGAUGUGGAAAGCCCUGCUGCUUUUUGUGGCCGUCGUCUUUGCUGGACAGCUCUUGGGGGUCAUCUUCAACAAGAGCGGAGUGCAGCCAGCUGGGCACUCCAUCUUCUCGUCCCCUGAUGCUCAAGGGCCCUCCCUGGGCUCCUGUCGGCCCCACACCCACAUCAUGUUCCUGAAGACCCACAAAACAGCCAGCAGCACAGUGCUCAACAUGCUGUACCGCUUCGGAGAGGAGCACAACCUCCGCUUCGCCCUGCCGUUGGGCUACCAGCUGGGAUACCCGCUGCCCUUCAACGCUCACAGAGUCAAAGGCUACCGAGGCCCCGGAGCGCUGGAGUUUCACAUCAUGGGCAAUCACAUGAGGUUCAAUAAGAUGGAGGUGGAGAAGGUGAUGCCUGCAGACACAUUCUACUUCUCCAUCGUCAGGGAUCCUGUGGCUUUGACCGAAUCCUCCUUCGCCUACUACAAAGAAGUAGCACCUGCCUUUAGGAAAGCCAAAGGGUUGGGGGACUUUGCGGACGACCCCAACAAAUACUACGACCCCCGCCUCCGCAACAACCAGUACGCCCGCAACCUCCUGUGGUUCGACUUUGGCUUGGACCACAAUGCAAACUUCUCUUUGGCGCUGGCUCAGCGCGGGGAGGACCUGAUCCGCCGGACCUUUAAGCUGAUCCUAAUAUCAGAAUACUUUGACCAGUCCAUGGUUCUUCUGAGACAUGCCCUCUGCUGGCCGCUGGACGCCGUGGUCUCCUUCAGCCUUAAUGCUCGUCAGCAGAAGGCCAGCGUUGGAGGAAUGAGCGGAAUCUGGAUGGGCAAAGCGGCGGCAGCAGCUGGCGUUGGAGGUGGACGCCCACAAGCCAGGAUCCCGCCCAAUCUGUCGCUGACCGGGGAUCAGCGGGAGAAGCUGCGGCAGUGGAAUGCCUUAGAUUGGUACCUGUACAAAGCCUUCAACCGCACCUUCUGGGAGGAAGUGGAUAAAUUUGGCCGUAAGCACAUGGAGCAAGAAGUGAGCCUUCUCAGGAUGAGGAGGGAACAUCUCGCCCGGGUUUGUCUCAGAGAUGGCGGGAAGCCUGUUGAGGCUCACCGUAUCCGGGAUAAGAACAUUAGGCCCUUCCAAAGCGGUUUUGUGAGAAUUCUGGGAUAUGAACUCCAGCCCGGGCUGGACAACGCCACCAGAAUGUCCUGCCUGAGGAUGAUCAGGCCCGAGAUCCAAUACAAAGACCUGCUAGAUUCUAAACAGUUUCCACAGGUCCCCCCCAUCCAAGCCCCCCAGAACCCCUUACUGAUCGCAGCAGGCGCGGGAUCUUUUUUAAGAGCGGAGUCUAGAAACAGAGAGGAACCUGUGGGGUUCGAGAUCGGGGGGAGGACUAUGGAGGAGGGAGGCAAAGACUGGGACGGUAGCCGUUUAGUCCGGAGGAACCAGACUGGGAUUCGAGGAUCAGGGACAGGAAGGUCUCCAUAGUGUGUUUUGUAUCUCAUUGUGAAACUUUUGGAGGUUCGGUUUACACCGGAGAAAACGCCCAGCUUCUCCUUUGCACUUCCAAGUUUGCUUGUUUUCCUGAACACCCCCAGCUUUUGCUGGCGCUGAGAAGUUUUUUUCCAGCCCAAGCGUCCAGUUCCUUAACAGAUGUGGAUUGUGGAGGGCAGUUGUAUGUUACCGCAGGUCAAUGGGGGACGCCGUCUUAGGAGUUCAAACGGUUGAAACUUCAACAGAAUAUUCAUAAAGCCACUGCUCCAAUGCUGGCCGUGUUCUGAACCGGAUCCAGACAUUGGAAGCGGGUCAUUCCCUCUCAGUUGGGUUGUUUAGCCAAAAAGUCUGCUCAACUCCAAUUAAGUUUGGAUUUUCUUACCAGAUGUGCAUUUAUUAAAACAACCCAAAUUGUUAAGUUCUUUAAAAAAAAGUCUGAAAUUAUGAUGGAAACACGCCUGGGUGUUGACUUGUAAACAGUAACAACUAAUGAGGUUUUUUUUGGCAGCUUUAGCCUUGGGUAAAUGUUUUUUUUAUAGGUUUGAUGAAGAGAACAGUGAGCAAAGAGAACAAACAUCUUCUAGCAGAUCUCUGGGGAACCCCAGAGGAGAAAAUUCUUCAAGGCUCAGGUUACAGCUGCAGACCACUUUCUGUUCAACGGCGACGGUGCAUCUGAUUCAUGUUGCUGUUUGGACACACGCCAUCCUUCCAGUCUUCAUGCAUGAACUUUGUCUGACUUUGAUGUUCCUGUCGGUUGAUGUCAGCUGUGAAUGUUUUAUUAACUCAUAGCAAUUGCAUGUUACAGAAUCAACCUCCUGCUGCACUUUUUAUUUUUUUCUCUCUCCAGAAAUUCCUACAAAAUUCCCCCUAGCUCAUUGUUGAAAGCCGAAACGAGGUUUUCUGAGACAAGCCAGCCGGCCUCACGGUUCCUGCACAUUUACACAUAGACUCUCCACCCGUAGAUUUCCAGGUCUCCCUUUCCAUGAAACCAACUGUAGAUGUUCUUUAAAAACACUGCAGUCCUCUUGGGAACUUGUGCAUUGCUCUGAAGCUAGGGUCACUCUGCUCGUGGACGGGUCACAUAAGUCAAAGACCAUGCCGUGUUACCCUGCGGUUCUUCAGGGUUCUCCCGUCAACACAAACCAAAGACGCGCUCCUUUAAGCUGGAAGUAUUUGAGCCUUUGGGCGUCGGUUCUUUCUAGAUCAUAGACCCAGCAGAACACUCGCAUCGUGACGGGUCUCCUGUCUCUUGGUAGAAGUGGUUUAGAGGGUGGAGGCAGUCUGCAUAUCUAAAUAAAGGUCAGUUUGAGUGUCUUUUAGGGCUGUACUGUGGUGUAGUGGUUAGCACUCUUGUCUCAGAGCCUCCUUUCUGUGUGGAAAUGUAUGUUCUCAUGCAUGCGUGGCUUUUUUCCGCUUACCUCCCAAAGUCCAAAGACAUCCGAAAACAUGCUUCAUAGGUCAAUUUGAAAUUGUUUUUAAGUGUUUAGUUGUCUGCAAUAGAAUGGCACACUGUUCAAAAAGUUUAGAAAACGAAUGGAUGGAUAGAAUGAGUGCCUUCUUUGGUGAAGACAGCAGGGGGCGAUGCAGCCAUCAGAAGGACCUACGUGUCCUGCUUAAAAAGAAUUUGGUCUCUGUUACGCUAUGUACACAUCCGCCAUGUGACGCUAGGUGUGCGGAACAACGUGUUCAGUCCAACGCUACCCAAUACCAGCGCAUGCACCUACAGUUGGAAGAGGCUUGAUGUGAAAAGUCAAAGUGGUUCAAAUCCGGCUAAUCUCGCUUCAGGCUUCUUCUUUUCCAGCUCUAUUCCCAUUUAUCAAAGACUUGGUGUCAUAUGAUUGCGUCCAGGCACAAACUGCAAAUAUUUAUUCCUCCUCCAUAGUCAAUUUCCAAACGGUUUCAUCUUCUGUGAAUUAUACAGGAUGCUUCUGCUUCUCAUACAUCCCCACCAAAUUCCAGUCCCUGAUUGGUCAAAGCUCAGCUGGUUUAACUUUCAUGGCUGCAGGUUUUGUACGUAGAGCCCUUAAUCAGUCGUAGAAACUUGUGAACGUGAGAGUUUUGAGUGCUGAAGCCUGAAACGCUCAUUCACGCGUGUUCACAGACUUGUAAUCAGAAGUGCUCGCUUGAACGUAGCUUAAGGGUCGUAUCUCGCUAUUCGGCAUCUGUUCCCUGAAUGUCUCAGAAGUUUUGCAACGGUCUUCCAUCACACAGACGUGUUUCUGUGCGAGUAAGACAAGCCUCUGUAGUCCAGACACUUUAUGAGAAGCUCACUGCAGAUGCUCUUCUGCUGCGUACAUCACGCACUCUAAGCAUUGUGGGAAUCAGCAGGAGCAACAGCAGCAUCUAAAAACGAGGCCAACACUCUCGGUGAACUGAACAUGAGACUUUUGUGUUGCACUACUGCAGCUUUGUGUCUCCAUAUAAUUGCAACCCAUCAAGAUGGAAACCUUUUUAAUAAAUUAGUUGAAUUUGGCUUUCAAUCAUUUCAACAAGUUGUGGUUUGAUUCCCAGCUCUGCCCGGUUGAACAGUCCUCUUAGUGUUGUUUUAAAAAAAUGCAACCAGCGUUCUCCCAGACCUGGAAAUCCCUGAAACCUGCUCCAGUAUCUGCUUCAGUGACUUUUCCCACCAACCAGAAAAAUGAAGCUCUGAGAGGCAGACGCUCCUGAACUUCCGCAGAGGUGUCCUCUGUAAAUGAAGUACAAAUGCAUUUCGUGGUUCCGCUUCUGCCGCACGCUUUAAUAAUGAAUGCUCCUCUGAUUGACGUUCUCCUGACGGGCACAGGCCACACAAACCUAUUUACACCCUCUGCUUCAGGUCAGGUCAGUGGCAGCUGCUGCUUUCUUGCCUUGGCCGCUAACCGCACAGAUCGAUUAAUCCACCAUCUUUCAAAUGUUGAGGUGUUGAUGGUUUGACACGACCGGUCUCCUGCCGUGUACAGAACAUUCUACACCGCCGACAGAGAGCCACCACAAGCCUGUCAGCGGUUUAAAGGGAGCAAAACAGGUUCGUGUGUAGCCAGACAGCAAGCACGCUAUCGUCUAAAUAAUGUAAUACUCUAGAAUGUUCCUUCUUUGUAGUAGUAGUUUUGUAGUUUGUCCAGGACAGAGUCAAAACACAGCAUGGUCUUUUCUGCAACAACUCAUUCUCAUUUUGCAAGUCCAGGUUACCCAGAAGAGUUUGGAUUCAAACUUUUAUUCCUAAUUCCAAGUGUUUUAUCCUGAGAUGAUCAGAAAGUGUGUGUGCUUGAUUCAAGACACAAUGGAAACAUGGAUAUUCCGAUCUUAUCUAGACUCUCACACCGGAAUAAGAGGCUUGUUUGAUCAUCCUCAUCAGAUUAGGGUACUUUUAGGUAGGGUAAUUCAUCAGAUUAGGGUACUUUUAGGUAGGGUAAUUCAUCAGAUUAGGGUACUUUUCUUGAUAUGUUAUAGUCAGGAUUAGAAGUGAAAUCUGCCGUUUUUAUUCAUAAUAAAUUGAACUCUUGUCAUUUCUGCGGCUGGAAGGAACUUUUAUUGAAACUUUCCAGUGUUAUCUGGACGUCAGUGCUAAAAAUGCAAAAGUUAAGUUUUAAUUACCAAUGUCUUAGAAUAAAUCUGCAAUAUAAACCACAUUUCCUGGUCAGAAAAAGAGUUGGACAUAAAAUUAAAGCUUUGGGCGGCGUUGAAUGGCCCGCAGAUGCUCUCUGCCGUUACCCCCCCCCCCCCCCCCCCCCCCCCCCCCUUUUAACGUCCUUACCAACUGAGCGGCGGCUUCAGAGCCUCCACUCUCACCCUCUUCUACCUUUUUUCAAAUGGCAUCUUUUGCUGUCGGUUUUAUCUCCAUAGCAACCAUUUCAUGUUUUGGUCAGCUUGUGGUGACAAACAGGUUUCUGUAAUUUUUAGAAUAAUCGGCAAAAGCAAACUUUUGGAUUUCCUUAGCAACUGAGGGUUUUAUUUAUUUAUUUAUUUUAACUACACCCACAUUCCUAAUACAUUCAUAUCACAUGUUGUUUUGUUCAGCUGGAGCCAGGGAUUCAUGUAUUACAUCUUUACAAUAUUCCCUUAAAAAAAAUGUCCAAGCGCCAGGGGGAACGGCACUCCAGCGAGUUUGUCACGCCAACGCCGUUCAAAUUCUACAACAUUUUCUCCUCAGCAGCUUCCCAAUGAUGCUUGAGGAGUUAGGAGUCAUCUUUUGGAGGAGGCCCAAAAUGUAUUUUCACCUGCUGAAAAAAACAUUUUGGGAGAGUUUUUGAGGAUGUUGUGGGGUCAAAUUUUUGCUCAAAUGCAAAGAAAGACAUCAAAUCAAAAAAAUUUUUUUACGUGCUUAUAAGGGCUUUACAAUACAGACAAAUUAAAAUAAAAACCCAACCCAUCCGUUACCCCCCCCCCCCCCCCCUCACUGUCUCCAUCAACACAUACAUCCCACAAAUACUUAGAAACUUUUUUUUUUAUUGUAUAAAUCUGGUCCUUACGGUCCAGGACGCCUACAGGCCAGAAUUAAAGAAUUCAAGUAAUUGAGUGCUAGUGGUGGGUUUCUCUUAAAUAUGUCAAACUGUCGACAGGAAUCUCUGCUUUGAAUAUGGCUUAAAUGUAACAGGUGUUCUAGAUGAAAACGGCCGAAGCUUACAGAAACUUGGCUCAAAUGCAGAUUUAAAAUGAAAAAUCAGAAUUGUGAAGCUCAUAAAUACAGAGCAGCUGAAAUCCUCUGUGGGUACAAGACCAGGUCCAGAAUGAGGUCCAGGCCCUGAGCGCUCUGAUGGGCUUCCUGCUGCUGGAAUAGAAAUGUGAAGGGAGGCCAGACUUCUCACGGGGAUCCUGGAAGCCUUCUAUUAAUCAUAAUGACAUGCUUGUUGGUGUGCGGUCAAAGAAAGUUGACUCGGGCCAAACCCAGAUAUCUGGUUGUCCGCUGAAAGCAUCGGUACGGAUGGCAGCACCGUCGACAAACCAGCUGUAAUCCAUCCUCUUUGCUGGGAGACUCUCUUGUUUCCGUGACUUUUCCUCCAUUUGACUGAGGCAUCAGAAAACAGUUUUGUUUUUUUGCUGCGCCUGUGUUUAAUAAAGUCUCGCCUCCGGCCGGGUUGAGGCUUUUGUUUUCCCUGUAGUGGAAGGGGGAGCUCACGUUUCCCUCCACGUCACUCACUUCAGUGCUUCUUUAGUUCUCUCAAGAGGAUCGCAUGGCUGUGCGAAGCAUCGGAGUGAUGAAUGUGCGACCUUUCCUGCCGUCAGCGGCGUGAAUAAGAAGCAGCGCCAGCGAUCAUGUUCUGCUGGACAAAACCCAGCUUUGAAUCCUGAGGAGAACUGGACUUCCUCCUAUUGUUUCCUGCAGAGCUGCAGGAACACAGCUGUGAGCUGCUGACCCCCCCAUUAUGUUCUCAUUUGUAUUUAUGGCCUGUCGAUUAACAUGCAUCUGUUUUCUUCCUGACCUUAAUAAAGCAGCAUUUCUUCA